AUGGACGGCUUCGACGACCUAUUGACGCACUCCCGCGCCGAGCUUGACCACAACCCGUUCUCGGAUCCCUUCCAACGCGCCGACUCCCCAGAUCCCUGGUCAUCUCCCUUCGGAGGUACAGGCCAACAAGACGAACCCAACGCAUUUCACGAUGACAGCCACGCGUUCAAGGACGAUGACCACCACGCGUACCAAGACGAUCACCACGGUCAUGAAGACGGCCAGAACGCGUACGCCGAUGACGGCAGCCUCAAGUCACCAACGCGAAGCGAGGAGCCUGCCACGCCAGCAAGCGAGGCGCCUCCGACGCCCGCGACUACAACACCGGCAGACCCCCUCGAUUCGGCCGCGUUGACAGCCGACUCGGAUGAAGAGGACAACACGCGCUUCCCGCGCAAACCGGGCUUCAGGCAAGCUUCGCCGCCCCGCGAGCCAUCCCCAAAGCCAGAGGCAGAGACCAAGGCAAACGCGGACGCGGAGCAAGAGACACCAGCCCCCACACCCGCCACGUUCUCCGAGACCGCGACCAUCCGGCCCUCCGAGCCCGAGGAGUACGCUCCGCCGCCACCUUCUCAUUCCCCUACCACGUCGACUCCGGCCCGCUCCCCCUCUCCCCCAUCCACCGCUGCUGCUGCCCCGCGCCCCGCCCACGCCAAGGUGCCCUCGCGCACGUCGGCGGACUGGGGCCCGCUCAGCCGUCCGCUGCAGCCCGCGGCGUAUGACGCGCUCGCGAUCGGCGGCGAGUCCGCGGGUGGAUGGCAACAGCAUCAGGACACGGCGGCAGCAUGGGGUAGCGCGAGCGCGCCGGCGGUACCCGCGCCUGCACCGCCGACUGCGCAAGAGGAGGAUGACAGCGAUGACGACAAGCCGAUUGGGCAGAGGUUGGCGCAGAGUCAAACACUGCAGGUGCGUAGCUCCCCUACGCGGAAGGACAAGGACGGGCCGUCCGCGACAUUCAUCAUCUCCGUCGAUGACCCGCAGAAAGUUGGCGACCCCAUCCGGCCGUAUAUCAUGUACACUGUACACACGCAGACCUCCUCCAAAGAAUUCCGCAAGCCCUCCUUCUCCGUCCUCCGCCGCUACUCCGACUUCCUCUGGCUCUACGAGACCCUCUCGCUCAACAACCCCGGCGUCGUCGUCCCGCCCGUCCCCGGCAAGAACCCCUUCGGCCGCUUCGACGACCAGUUCGUCAAGCAGCGGCGCCUCGGGCUGGAGAAGUGCAUCCAGAAGAUCGCGAAUCAUCCGGUGUUGGGGAAGGAUGCGGAUCUGAGGCUCUUUUUGGAGAGCGAUACGUUUUCGUUGGAUAUUAAGCAUAGGAAAUCGGAGAUCGCGCAUGAGAGGGGCGGCAUGUUGGGCUCGCUAGGGCAGGUAUUGACGGGUCCGCGGUUUCAUGAGACGGAUGAGUGGUUCGACCGCAAGAAGGUCUACAUGGAUGGGCUGGAGAACCAACUAAGAGGUCUCGUCAAGGCUAUCGAGCUCGUGUCAAAACAACGCUCAGACCUUGCCACUGCCACCGGUGACUUCGCUGCAACCGUCGCCGACUUGUCGUCAUCCGACGUUGGGAAGGGGCUCUCGACCUCUCUGGCAGGGCUUGCGGACAUCGAGCGCAAGGCGCAGGACUUGCAGAACAUACAAGCGGAGCAGGAUAUCAUCACGCUACUUGCUACCGUCGACGAAUAUGCGCGCCUGAUUAACUCUGUCCGGAUGGCCUUCACGGGCCGGAUACGCACGUACCACGCCUGGAAGCAGGCCGACGCCGACCUCGCGCGCCAGCGCUCUACGCACGACCGCAACCGCGCGCAGGGCAAGAUCCCCAACGACCGCAUGGGCUACGCGAUGACGCAGCUCGCGGAGGCCGAGCGCCGCGCGCUCGAGGCGAAGCGCGAGUUCGAGCACGUCUCGCGUCUGGCGAAGGAGGAGGUCGCGCGAUUUGAGAAGGAGCGGAUCGAGGACUUCAAGGCGGCGCUGCAGGCGUUUCUGGAGGGGAUGAUAGGGAGGCAGAAGGAGGUGAGUGGGUGGUGGUUGCGGUGGUGCUUUGGAACGACUCGAUGA